AUGGACUCGCAGCCGCCGUCAGCCUGCGUCACGGACACCGGAGACCAGACACGUGUGGAACUCGUCGACCUGCGCACGCUGAGCCCCUCCCUGCGCUUCGACAUACGCUAUGCCACGACCAACAACUUCAUGGGCGCCGCCUUCUAUACCACGCCCGGCGCGUUCCUGCAGAGGCCUGCGGCCGAGGCGCUGGUGCGAGUGCACGACAAGCUGCAGGAGCUGGGCUAUGGGCUGUUGGUCCACGAUGCCUACAGGCCCUGGCAUGUGACCAAGAUGUUCUGGGACGCCACACCGCCAGAGAAAAGAAUCUACGUUGCCGAUCCCGACAAAGGCUCUGAGCACAACCGUGGGUGCGCUGUGGACUUGACGCUGUACUCGCGGGCCACGGGCGACGUGGCCGAGAUGAUCGGCGGCUACGACGAGUUCUCCCAACGGUCGCACGUCAACUACCCCGGAGGCACCUCCCUGCAAAGAUGGCUUCGCAAGCUGUUGCGGGAUGCCAUGGAGAGCGAGGGCUUCGCGGUCUACGAGUACGAGUGGUGGCACUUCGACUACCGCGACGUCCUGCGCUAUCCCGUCCUCAACUUUUCCUUGGAGGACUUAACUUAG